UGUCUGAGAAGGGCUUCUGUGAGAGCAGGGCGGAUAGCCAGACAUUUCACACCUGCAAGAGUCCUGCAGGUAGAGCGGAAAGGAAGGCAAACCGGGGCACCCCCUUGAGAGGGCACACUCUUUUGCUUUCUGUUCGCGUGCCUUCAGCUAGAGAGCAUAUUCGUUAUAUCUUGCACCCGAUUUCCUCCUUGAUGGCUGGUCACAUAGAUUCUUCUAGACUAGCAGCGACUUCUCUGUGGGGUUUGUUAUUGUUUUGCGGUUAAGAGGGAAGAGAUCAGUGAACAUUCUCUCUGGUAAGUGGAGGGUUCUCAGCGAUGAGAAGAGGAAGACUUCAAAGCCGAAGGGGAAAGCAGCUUUCGCUGGUCCCCACGUCUCGCGGUACCCCUACUCCAUACGCGUGACCUCCUUUGGAGACCCCAGGUGGCACAUCAGUAUUUGAUCUGCUCUUCCCCAGACUGCUGCGGGCGUUCGGUCACACACCACCCAGCUGCUGAAGCCGGAGCCCAGCUCCGCAGGCGACUUUGGAAGGACCAUCUCCGUGCUCGCCCCCUGCUCGGGCUGCUUGUGUUUCCGGGCCCCCGGGGCGCGGCACCCACCAUGCUCGGUUGCCCACGGCUGGCGCUGCUCUGCGCGCUGCCCUGGCUCCUGAGGGCAGCGGUCCCCGGCCACCCGGCAGAGCCCUUUGCCCAGUCCCCAGAGCUGCUCCGUGAUCCCCGCGACCCCGCCAGGGCCGCCGACUUUGAUCACGUCUACAACGGGGUGGUGAACCUCAGCACCGAACACAUCUACUCCUUCAACCACACCAGCCACCCUGGCCAGGUGACAGCGGUGCGGGUGCAUGUGAACAGCUCCUCUGAGAACCUGGACUACCCAGUCCUCGUCGUGGUCCGCCAGCAGAAAGCAGUGCUGUCCUGGCAGGUUCCUCUGCUCUUCCAAGGACUAUACCAGCGGAGCUACAACUACCAGGAAGUCAGUCGCACUCUUUGUCCAUCGAAAGCAACCAAUGAGACGGGCCCUCUGCAGCAACUGAUCUUUGUAGAUGUAGCAUCCAUGGCUCCCCACGGUGCCCACUACCAGCUGCUGGUCACCAAAAUCAAACACUUCCAGCUCCGGACAAAUGUCGCCUUCCACUUCACUGCCAGCCCCUCUCAACCUCAGUAUUUUCUAUACGAAUUUCCUGAAGAUGUGGACUCCGUUAUCAUUAAGGUGGCGUCUGAGAAGGCUUAUCCCUGUUCAGUUGUCUCGGUUCAGAACAUCAUGUGUCCAGUGUACGAUCUGGACUAUGACGUGGAAUUCAAUGGCGUCUAUCAGUCCAUGACCAAGAAAGCUGCCAUCACGCUACAGAAGAAGGAUUUUCCAGAUGAGCAGUUCUUCGUGGUGUUUGUGAUAAAACCUGAAGAUUACGCGUGUGGGGGAUCAUUCUCCAUCCAGGAAAAUGAAAAUCAGACCUGGAAUCUACAACGAUCAAAGAACCUGAAAGUGACCAUUGUCCCAUCUAUCAAAGGAUCUGUGUAUGUGAAAUCCAGUCUCUUCAGUGUUUUCAUCUUCUUGGGUUUCUACUUGGGAUACCUGCUCGCUGUGUUAUUUCAUCAUGUCAGGUUUCAGAGGAAAUCCAUUGAUGGGAGCUUUGGUUGCAGUGACGGAAAUAUGGCUGUAUCACAUCCUAUCACUGCCAGUACACCGGAAGGGAGCAACUAUGGGGCAAUCGAUGAGUCGAGUUCCAGUCCUGGAAGACAGAUGUCUUCCUCCGAUGGUGGACAGCCGUGCCACUCGGACACGGACAGCUCCGUGGAAGAGAGUGACUUCGACACCAUGCCAGACAUUGAAAGCGACAAAAACAUCAUCCGGACAAAGGUAUUCCUGUACCUGUCAGAUCUGUCCAGGAAGGAUCGGAGAAUCGUCAGCAAAAAGUCUAAGAUUUAUUUUUGGAACAUCAUCACCAUCGCUGUGUUUUACGCUCUGCCCGUGAUGCAGCUCGUUAUCACCUACCAGACGGUGGUAAACGUCACUGGCAACCAGGACAUCUGUUACUACAACUUCCUCUGUGCCCACCCCUGGGGCGUCCUGAGUGCCUUCAACAAUAUCCUCAGCAACCUGGGCCACGUGCUCCUGGGCUUCCUCUUUCUGCUGAUAGUGUUGCGCCGGGACCUGCUCCAUCGAAAAGCCCUGGAAGCUAAAGACAUCUUUGCCAUGGAGUAUGGGAUUCCCAAACACUUCGGUCUCUUCUAUGCCAUGGGUAUUGCGCUGAUGAUGGAGGGCGUUCUCAGUGCUUGUUACCAUGUCUGCCCGAAUUACUCCAACUUCCAGUUCGACACUUCCUUCAUGUACAUGAUUGCGGGCCUCUGCAUGCUGAAGCUCUAUCAGGCCCGCCACCCAGACAUCAAUGCCAGCGCCUACUCUGCCUACGCCUCCUUCGCGGCUGUCAUCACACUCACGGUCCUCGGAGUGGUGUUUGGGAAAAAUGAUGUGUGGUUCUGGGUCAUCUUCUCUGCGGUCCAUAUUCUUGCUUCCCUGGCCCUCAGCACCCAGAUCUACUACAUGGGCCGUUUCAAGAUAGAUGUGUCUGACACAGAUCUGGGGAUCUUCCGGAGGGCUGUUAUGGUGUUCUACAUGGACUGUGUCCAGCAGUGCAGCAGACCUCUGUAUAUGGACAGGAUGGUGCUGCUCAUUGUGGGGAACCUGGUUAACUGGUCCUUUGCCUUCUUUGGACUCUUCUGCCGGCCCAGGGACUUUGCAUCCUACAUGCUGGGCAUCUUCAUCUUCAACCUGCUGCUGUACCUGGCUUUCUACAUCAUCAUGAAGCUCCGCAGCUCCGAGAAGAUCCUCCCCCUACCACUCUUCUGCAUUGUGGCCACGGCGGUGGUGUGGGCUGCGGCCCUGUACUUUUUCUUUCAGAACCUCAGCAGCUGGGAGGGAACCCCAGCAGAAUCGCGGGAGAAGAACCGAGAGUGUGUGCUGCUGGACUUCUUUGAUGACCACGACAUCUGGCACUUCCUCUCUGCGACUGCCCUGUUUUUCUCGUUCCUGGUGUUGCUGACCCUGGAUGAUGACCUGGAUGUGGUUCGUAGAGACCAGAUCCCUGUCUUCUGAGCCUCCAGCAUCACAGGGGGGAGAAGGCCCGAUUCACUUUGGUGCUGUUUCGUGGGAAAUAUGUCCACAGCAGCAUGUCCACUGCCAGACACUCCACUGGGCUCUGGGGAGUCAACUGUGUCUGCAUUCAUACAGGAAGGCUAGAACUUGGGGUGAGCUGCACCCCAAGAAGAAUGGGAGAAUGGAAGACCAGCUGUGCGCAGAAGCAAAGCCAGGAGGCUCAGGAAUCUCUGUUUGCAAUUUAGAGUUCAGUGUGGACAAGCUGUGUCAGGCCAGCUUGCUGCCUUGGCCCCUUCCAUCCUCUCCGAUUGGCCGGAAGACUAGCUACUUGUACCUUCCACCUAGAGUCUUUGGUGUGGCCACUGCCACCCCUGUAAAACACCUACUGCUCUAGAAACCUAAAGCACCGUCUCACCCCCCCCCCAGGAGCCUCUGAGGCUGUGAUUCCUCAGAUAAGGUGCAGAAGUGGGACCAAGUCCCCACCCAACUGAGACAGACCUUCUGGUAACUCAAGUAUUCAGAAGGAAUGCUGAACAACCCCCCAGGUUCUUGGCACUACUGGAAAUGCUCAGGAUGGGACUUUGUCAUGAGCACUUCUGAGGUCUGGGCCCAAGGUCUGGGGAAUCACCAAUUUCCAAGUGUCUUCGUCUUACCACUGGAGGGUGACCAGGCACACUGGUGCGGCCUUCUCAGAAGGGCCCUCCUUCUCCGUAGACUUCUACCAGUUCUGAGAUGGAUAAGGAAGAGAGGAAACUAGAGCAGAAGAAGUGAGAGCAGUGACAGACUGUGCCAAGUGCCUGCUCUCCUCAGCUUAAGGACUCUGGAUCCUGGAGCAAAUUCAACAAAGCAACAGGGCUUGGUGGUCCUCUCAUACACAGCUCAACCGGUGCCCGUAUGCCCUUUGCAGGGAAAUAAGUGUUUCCAGCAAUGUUACCCUGGACUCCUCCACCCUUGAGCCUCUCGCCUGUGACUUAUGUAGAUGUCACUCAGGAUGGACACAUGCUCCCCUCCCCGACUUGGGUUGCAGAGAUCAGAGCUGAUCCAGUCACCUAACACUGCAUCUCUCUAAGAUGUAGAACGGCUCAGCACUCUAGUUCCCGUCUCUCACACCGCCUGGCAAGCCUCGUGAGAAGCCCCAUUUGACCAGGCUUCCUGGUUGCCUGGAGAGUGAUGUCGUCAGAAAACAGACACACCUGCCUAUUGCCUGGGAAACUGAAGUCUCUCCUCACCUGUGUGUUCUUGGUCACUUAUUAAGGAAGCAGAUGGGGCAUUCCUCUUUUUAAAGGUUGUUAUUCUUUAUCUCAACUAUCUGCAUACUGUUCAAACAUGUGCUUUGAAAGUUCGAAUGGCAAGGUUUUCUUGAUUUUAAAAAGGCAAAGAUAAUUUCCAUGAAUAAUUUUGUGUGUUUUGUCUUUCUUCCCCAAACGGUCUCAUGUUUGCAAGUGGUUUUCUGUUAUUCUUCAUUACUUCGGAACUUACUGGUUUCUCUGGGUCCUAUGAAGACUGUCGGUGAGAUGGACAUCCUAGUCAAACACCUUUACAGAAGCAAGAACGCUGCAAACAAGUGUGCCUAAGGCCCUUAAUCCCAGCCCAGGCAGAGGCAGGUGGCCACGUGACUCAAGGCCAACCUGGUCUGCAAAGUUAAAGUUGGGUGCCAGGCCAGCUAGUGUUAUGGUGAGACCAGAUCUCAAAACAAACAAACAAAAGAAAGCAAGUUCAAAUCUGAUUGCUUACGGCGGAUUGUGGAUUCUUUCAAAGCAGUCCUCCCGGUGUUGAAUCUUAAAUAAGCCAGUAAGGAAAACCCAUCCAAACAGCCCUGGGGCGUGAGUGAAUAA